AUGAAACUUUUCUGCAAGUUAUUGAGGAACUGGGAAAUUUUUGGGGAUUUAUCUACUAAAUUGAAACAAGCUGAAGAAAAAGUAUUAUCUGCAUAUUUGUUAUCUGACAGUAUUCCUGAAGAUAUUCAACUAUUGAAUAAUUUGGUGACAGCUAGGGGAGAACAAGAUAAUGAACAAGGUUCACUGGUUGCAACUCAACAAGAAAUUUCUGAUGUUCUAGUUAAACAUUUUGAAGAUAAAUUCAAAUACUCUGAAGUACAAAUGUCAGAUAAUCUUUUACAAGUUGUACCUGAAGUCUUGAGCAAUGGUGAUAAAUUUAUACUAGAUUCAGUGCCUAGUGCAGAAGAAAUAAAAGUUGCAGUUAAUGAAUUGGACCCUGAUAGCUCGCCAGGACCAGAUGGGUUUAGUGGAUGGCUUUACAGGAAAUGCUGGUCCAUAAUUGGCAAUGAUAUAAGCAGUAUGCUGAGUAAGAUCAUCUCUCCCCAGCAAGGAGCUUUUAUCAAAGGUAAAACUAUUCAAGAGCAGAUAGUUCUUGCUUCAGAAAUGGUGAAUGGAUUGGAUACACCUAGAAGAGGGGGGAAUGUAGAAAUGAAGAUUGACAUCACACAAGGUUUUGAUUCUAUCAUCUGGGAAUUCUUAUUUGCAGUUCUACACAAACUGGGGUUCUCUGCUAACUUCAUUAAAUGGUUGCACACUCUGUUCUCAUCUGCAAGAAUUUCAGUUUUAAUCAAUGGUUGA